AUGCGUCACGUUCAUUUCGCAGUGCUCCUUGGCUUUGCGGUUUUCACCUCAGCUUUGCCAUCACGCUUCACUCGUCAGAACGACGACAGUUCACCCAAGAAUGCCAAGGUGCUGAUUCUCGGAGGCGGCGUUACCGGCGUCAUCGCUGCGCGUACCCUGCAUGAGAAAGGCAUCGACGACUUCUUGAUCGUCGAAGCACGCGAUCAGCUUGGUGGAAGGAUGCAAAACUAUACUAUUGGUGUCCCCGGCAAGCAGUACACGGUUGAGGUUGGCCCUAACUGGAUCCAGGGAACGCAGACCGGCAACGGGACAGCUAAUCCCAUUCUGACCCUGGCUCGAAAGCACGAUGUCAAGAACCAGUACAAUGAUCUUGAUGGCAGUAUCACGACCUACGACUAUAAUGGGUUCAACGACUAUCGGGACCUCUUGAACACAUCAAUCGAUCAAUUUACACAAACCGGAGUAGUUGCAGGGGAACGCGUCAAGACGCAGCAGGUUGAUCUCAGCCUCCAAAGUGCAUACGGUAUCAUUGGUGCAACGCCAAAGAACCUGUAUGAAUCAGCUUGUCAGUAUUAUGAAGUUGAUUGGUCGCCGGACCAAACUUCAUGGAUCGCAUCAGCCUGGAACACGAACUUCACUUUUGAUACGGAUAUGGGUGGCUUCUCAGACGAGAAUAACCUCUGCAUCGACCAGCGUGGCUUCAAAACAAUUAUCCAGGCCGAGGCUGCUGAGUUUAUUCAGCCUCAACAGGUCUCCCUGAAUUCAGUCGUCGCGUCGAUUGAAUACAGUGAGGAUGGGGCAACAGUUACACUAACAGACGGUACUACUCUCACAUCGGACUACGUGCUUUGUACGUUUAGUCUUGGGGUACUGCAAUAUGGUGAUGUCGCGUUCAAGCCUGCUCUUCCUUCGUGGAAGAUGGAGGCGAUUCAAAGCAUGGUCAUGGGUACAUAUACCAAAAUCUUCCUGCAAUUUGAAGAGAAGUUCUGGUUUGACACUGAGAUGGCCGUAUAUGCAGACAAGGAACGUGGGAGGUAUCCGAUCUGGCAGAAUCUUGACCACGUCAACUUCUUCCCUGGCUCUGGUCUGGUCUUUGUGACCGUAACCGGCGAUUUCUCACUGCGCAUCGAGGCGAUGGAAGAUUCGGAUGUUCAAGCCGAAGUCAUGGAAGUCCUUCGAGCUAUGUACCCUACCACCACCGUUCCUGAUCCCGUCGCAUUCCAUUUCAAGCGCUGGCAUGCGGACCCCCUCUUCCGUGGCUCCUAUUCAAAUUGGCCCCCUUCUUUCCUUCCUGGUCACUCCGAAAACCUGAAGGCGACAGUGGACCAGAGACUCUGGUUUGCGGGUGAAGCUACGAGUUUGAAGUACUUCGGUUUCCUUCAUGGUGCUUAUUAUGAGGGGUUGCAUGCUGGGGAGGAGAUUGCGAAGUGCAUUGCGGGCGGGGGAUGCGCUGGAAUGCAGCAUGAGGAUUAUGUGGUUGAUGCUGAACCCUAUCCAUUCGUAUCUAUUACACCUUGAGGUGCUUACCGUCAUGUCGUAGUCACCUUGUACAGCAUCGUUCUCGAG